UAAAAGCCGCACAUUCCUACUGUAUUACGAUCCUUUCACCGUCUAACUGCAAAUGAUGUACAAGUUCAUGUGGAUAAUAAACGUCUUAUUUUUUUCCUUUUGUCUAUGUCUGGAGAAUCGACCAGAUCCACGUAUCGUCGGCGGAUUUCCAGCUGAUAUUGCCAACAUCCCCUACAUAGUAUCCAUACAAUUGUUUGGUAUCCACCACUGUGGUGGCUCAAUAAUUAACAACCAUACAAUCCUAACGGCUGCCCAUUGCCUCGCGGGAGUUUCGCCUCGUCUGCUGAAAGUCAAGGUGGGUGGAAUUUCUCGAUAUCGCAAAGAUGGGGAAAUAUUCUCGGUUGCCGAUCUACACACCCAUGAAAAGUACAAUGCCAAGACCAUGGACUAUGAUAUUGGAGUACUACGUCUAACCAAAAACCUGACUUUGUCCAAUAAGGUACGAGUUAUUCCCAUAAACCCUAAUAGAGUAGCCGAUGGUACUUAUGCCACUAUUGCCGGAUGGGGGUUCAAGUCCAUGAAUGGUCCCCCAUCGGAUAGUCUAAGAUAUGCCCGAGUUCCAAUUGUAAAUCAGACUGCCUGCAGAAAGUUUUUGGGUAAAGGUGUGACAGAUAGGAUGCUCUGUGCAGGAUAUCUUCGUGGAGGUACGGAUUCCUGUCAAAUGGACUCGGGAGGACCUUUGUCAGUAAGAGAACAACUGGUAGGCAUUGUUUCCUGGGGAGUUGGCUGCGCCUUGGCCGAUAAACCGGGAGUUUAUUCGAGACUUGAUGCAUUGUACCCAUGGUUAAACAAGCUCCUAAACAAACUAAACUAGUAAAAAAAACUUGAGUUUUACACACAACGCACAUCCGCAGUCAAAAUACCUUCAAGAAUAUGCUUUCACCUUUAUAGUGAGUUAAUUUAAUAGGGAUCGUUAAAACAUCAAAAUGAAUACUAUGGGAGUCUUAACAUGGCAGCUACAGUCGAUUAGAAAUCGCGGAAAAACAGGUGACUCUAAGUCCAUAACUUUUUUCAUUUUGAUCCGAUUUAGACGGGCAUAUCCCUAAUCGCUUGUAAUUAAAAUCCACAAACAACUGCAUCGUUAGUUAAAUUUUUAUUUUUUGGCCUACUUUUUUCAGUUUUUAUGAUGUUAUCAAAUUUCAGGACUUCUAAGUCCAUGACUUUUUUAAUGUUGAUCCGAUUAAGAAGGCAUACCUCUAAAAUUUUGUAAUUUAAUUCCACAAACUUAAAAAAAUGUAAUUCUUUUUGUGCAAUAAGUGUUUUUACUUAUAUUUUUAAAAUGCAACUAACUUCUAUAAUGGA